GUAAUCUUUAUUGUGUUCUUAUCAUAUUUUGUGAAUAUAGAUAAUUUUAUUUGUGAGAAUAUGGAUUAUCCAACAGCAUUCUCAACCCUCUCCUUAUUCUCUUCUUUCUCUGGUCACCACCCAUUGUGAAAACCAAAGGAAUUAAAGUUCAUUCAUUUAAAAAAUAAAGUAAAGAUAAAAAUAACAUGCACAACCUCAGCACUCUUUCUUCAUCCUUCUUUCAACACUACUAACUGUUGGUUACGGUGGUCGCAACUUAGGAGAUAAAAACCCGUUCACCCCGAAGGCUUACGUGGCACGUUAUUGGGACAAACACGUCCUCAACAACUUGCCAAAGCCGUCGUUUCUUCUCUCAAAAGCAUCCUCAAUGAGCGCUUCCGACACGACGUCGUUUGCCAAGCUCGCCGCCGUGAACAAACUCUCCACGCGCCUGCCGGAGUUCUGCUCCGCCGCGCACCUCCUCUGCUUCCAGGAGGUCCGGCCUAGCCUCGAGAAACACACCAAAGAUGCCGGUUUUGAAACCUACAACGACGGCCAGAACUUCACCAAUAACGGCAUCUACUUCGCCGGCGGAAUCGACGCCUUCAAAAACUACUCCAAAACCAUUCUAGUGAACGAUUUCCGGCGCUACAGUCGCAGCUCAGCCGGCCACGGCGAGAGCUUCACUGGCUACGGCGAGGACACCAACGUUGCCGACAAGAGCUUCCACACUUACAGCACCAACGCCGGCGGAGGCUCCGGCGAGUUCAAAAACUAUUCCAGCAACUCUAACGUUCCCGACGUGCGAUUCGCCACCUACUUCGAUAGCAUCGGUGGGAGAACACAAUCGUUCUCAAGCAACAACGAGGACGACAACUACGACAGGCAGAGUUUCCAAUCCUACGGCAAGAACUCCGCCGACGCGGCAAACUCAUUCGCCGGCUACGGAACAAACUCCAACGUUGCCACGUUGGCUUUCAUAAAUUAUGGCGUUGAGAUGAACGUUCCAGAAGUGACUUUCAAGAGCUACGCUGUUAGAACUCACGCUAGCACUGAGAGUUUUGCUAAUUACAGAGACCAGGCUAACAUAGCUGAUGACUCGUUUCAAUCUUAUGCUAAGAACACCAAAGAAAGGACCAAACUGGAUUUCAAAAACUACGGGAAUUCUUUUAACCCUGGUUCGGAUACUUUCAAAGGCUAUGCUAAAGGCGCAGAAGGGGAUCACAAGGUUGGCUUCACAACCUACAACGUUAACACUAAUGCUACGUUUAAGGAUUACGCCAAACAGGGCGUAUCCUUUGCUAGUUACAACGUAUCUUUCUCUUCCUCUUCAGAAUCUAAAACUAUUAGAAGCAGUUUUUCUCCUUUUCUGAUAGAGAUAAAUUGUUUCACCCUUUGGAAGAAAACCGUGGGUAUGUAAUAAUCACUGAAUUAUAUAAGCAUGUGUUUGUAAGUGUGUAUUAUAUGUA